AUGUUACUCAACUCUGCUGCACAACAUCGUGUUAAACAUUUUAAUCUAUUAUUAGCACGUGAAUUAUCAUUAAUUGAACGUAAAUAUUCACAAAAUUUAAUCACUCAUCAAAAACUUGAAAACUCAAUACGUCGAGCUAAUAAUCAAACAUUGAAUAAUAAUCGAACAAAAAUAUCUAUGCCAUUUGAUAAUAUUUAUAAUGAGCAAACUGAAUCAAUUGAUUAUCAUAAAAUACAGAUUAAUGAUUAUAAUAAUAAUAAUAAUAACUCAAAUCAAAAACGUCGUUUAUCAGUUGGUGCCUGUAGUAAUAUUAGUCAAAAUCAAACAAAUUCUGAUCAAAUAGAUGAAUUUUCUGAUGAUACAUCAUCUUUUAUGUCAUUACGACGUCGACGAUUCUGUACAAAAAGUCAACGUUUACCCCCGAUUGUAAAAGCAACUAUAUCAAAUCGACAAAAACGAGAAAAUAAAACUCAUCAAUGGAUGACAAAUCUUCCCCAAUCAAAUAAAUCACAAGAAAAUGUCAAUGAACAAUUAAUAAUAUUAAAUGAAGAAACAUCAAAAUCUAAUCUACCAGAAUUAACACCAAUACAAAGACAAGUUCGUUCAUUUCUUGAAACAUUACCGACAUAUAAAGGUGUUCAACGUGGUUUCGAUAGUUUUGGCCCAGCUUCACUCUAUUCACAUCAUGCAUCAGUUGCUAUUCGAUAA